GUGUGAUUGGGGGGCGGGGCAUGGGCCGUCGCCUCAGCAAUGGAGAAAUGAGGCGGGGCAUCUUUAUAAAACACAUCUCUGAGCACAGUCCCGCAGCCAGAAACAACACACUGACACCUGGAGAUCGAAUAUUACAGGUUGGAGGUGUGGAUGUGAGUGAUUUCACUCAUGAAGAAGCAGUGGAGGCAAUUCGACAAGCAGGGGACAAAGUGGAACUGUCAGUGCAGAGCCCACAGGUUUCAGACCUUGUCACAAACAAUGAAGAGCAAUCAUCCCAACAAAAUCACUUGGUAUGUGCUUGUUUUCUGUUUUAGUGUGUACCUGUGUAUGUGUGUGUGUGUGUGUGUGUGUGUGUGUGUGGGUGUACUGUAACACUGUGUAAAGUUAGCAUUAAUCUCAUUUUUCGUCCUGCAGACGUGUGAGGAUGCCAACAGUCUACGCCUUUCCCCAUCUAAUCCUUUC